AUCCACGUGAAAACAAUGGCAACAAGAAAAAGGUGUAAACUUUCCAGAACAGGCCCAGAUUUUGAAAAUGUGAUAAAGAGGUUAUUGUGUGUCCAAACUUUUCACACAAGAAUUGGAGGAGAUUUAACACCAGGAAUAAUAAACAGAGGAGGACCGGCUAAUGCAGAGCAGAUGGGACUGCAGGGCAGAGCUAAGCCUUUCAAUGUCUUCCCCGCGGACCUUGGGACUCAAGAGGACUGAAUGCUGAUCUCUUUAGAAAAUAAAGUUAAUGCCAUUGGGGAAGCCAUAAAUAUCGCUGGUUUGAUUUCUGGAGGGGGAGGUAGUGGACUAAAGUUUUUAAGAACCUACCAUGUGGGAGGCAUUGGACGUUCACUGCUUUAAUGCUGACCACAGCUCCGUUCUACAGACGAGAAAACUGAGGCUCUAAAAGUGUAAAUCACUUACCAAAGGGCAC